CUUCUCUAAAUCUUUUGUGUCCAGUUAUUUUGCAAGGCAUAGCAAUCAAAGAUCGCCAUGGCAACGAUAGCAGCUAAUCUAUGCAGAAGAUUAGAAGGAAAGGUUGCAGUAAUCACAGGCGGCGCAUCAGGAAUUGGAGAAGCCACAGUUGGGCUGUUUACAAAACAUGGAGCCAAAGUCAUUGUUGCUGACAUUAGUAAAAAGGCUGGUCAAUCCUUUUCCCCAGAUGCCACAUAUAUCCACUGUGAUGUGAGCAAAGAAGAAGAUGUGAGUGCAGCUGUGGAUUUGGCCAUGGAAAAACAUGGUAAACUGGACAUUAUGUUUAAUAAUGCAGGAAUUGUUGAAACCAAAAGUAGAAAGGCGAUGGAGUAUGACAUGGAAGAGUUUCAGCGUGUGCUGAGUGUAAAUAUAAAUGGAGUAAUGCAUGGAAUUAAGCAUGCAGGGCGUGUUAUGGUCCCAAGGAAAAAUGGGUGCAUAAUUUCUACAGCCAGUGUUGGAGGAUUACUUGGUGGACUGAGUCCUUAUGGAUACACAGCUUCUAAGCAUGCAGUCAUAGGCCUCACCAAACAAGGUGCGGCUGAGAUGGGGAGAUAUGGUAUCAGAGUGAAUUGUGUUUCUCCAGCUGCCCUAGCCACAGAUAUUACAUUACGUUUCUUUGGAAAGUCUAGUUGGGAGGAAUUUUGUACCAAGGCCGAGUGGGAGGCAUCUUUAAAAAAGAUAGCUAAUUUAAAGAGCCAUAUUCUUGAGACACAAGAUAUUGCAGAGGCUGCUUUGUAUCUGGCUAGUGAGGAAUCCAAGUUUGUAAGUGGCCAUAAUCUUGUGGUAGAUGGAGGGAGCACAGUAGUAAACCAUGAUUUGAGUAUCUAUCAGUGAUAACAUUUCAUUUUUGAUAAAUAAGUUUCUUUGUAUUUGGGGAAUAAAAUUUAAAAAAUUGAAAGACUUAGUGGUCGGUCUUUUUUUUUUUAAUAAAUUAG